AUGAAAAAAAUAAUGUCCAUCAUCUACUACACCAAAGGCGACAUUGUGUUAUCCCGUGAGCAUGCAGAACAGGUGGCCAGCGGCACAAAAGAUGCAGGCGGCAAUAACGAACACCGCCUGAAACGUCAGGCCAUGAAUUGGAAGGCUUGGCCACAAAUGCUCUGGAUAGAGGGGCUAAACUACGUCUUUGACGAUUCCAUCUCUGAUCAAACUAAGAAUGCGUUCAGAGACGCAGCGAAACAAUGGGAAAGUCAAACCUGUAUCAAUUUCACAGAAAAUCCUUCGGGUAAGAUUUACAUGAAUGUUUACCUAACAGGAUUACCAUAUCCGGCGUUGAAAAAAAUGAUCAAUAUAAUCGAUUGA